CGCCCACAUCCUUGCUCCGCUCCGCACUUUUGGGUCUGACCUCCAGCUGGCGCUUUUCUUGCUGGGAAACCGAAAUCAAAUGGAUUCGUGCCACACCCGCAGCCUGCCUCGGUUCUCUCCACGCCGUUAACCUGCCUAGCCUACCUUACCUAGGUAUCUGUCUACAAACCUACCCACCCCCUGCCUAGUACCGCAGAAUUAAUCGUAAUAGCGCCACAUUCUGUUAACCCUAAACCAUCUUUCUCUGGCACCUCUCUCGCUGGGUUAUAUCACGCCGUGCUCCUGGGUCCUUCAUCCAACCUUGUCCUGCAAGUCUCAGCAAGACGAAAACUUGGACGCCCGCAUUUCUGUCCCGGCACAUCAGACCGCCAGAAGCCAUGACUGCACUACAACCAAAACCCCCAUACACCGACGAGGAGCUUCGCCGGCUCUACCCAGCCGGCCUUGAACUCCAGCAGGUUCAGGUUCUGAUGCGGCACGGUGAGCGGACCCCGGUCUCGGCCCGCUUUCAGAAUGCCGGCCUGCCGCCUUUCUGGCCUUACUGCUCUAUUGCUCGCCAGCUGAAAUCGGCUGUGCUCCAAGGAGCAGACGCCGGCGAGACUCCAUUCUCGACCCUGGAGUGGAAGCGCCGACUGGAAACCUUUGGGCCCCGUGAUCAGCCGAAGCUCGCUGCCGGCCCCAGAGGCCAGGUCGACAACAUCUGCGACAUGGGCGCUCUCACCGACGUUGGCAGGGCCUCUACUCACCAGCUCGGCCGCCGCCUCAGGUCUUUGUAUGUUGAUCGUCUUGGUUUCCUGCCGCCCGAUAUACGGGGCUCCGCCCAAAUGUUGUAUCUGCGGACAACGCCAGUACCGCGCGCACUGGAAUCGAUGCAAGAGGCCUUCUCGGCCCUCUACCCGCCGUCUACGAGGCUUCCGGGUCCCGACGGCGCCCCUUUCGAGCCGCCCACCAUUCUCUCUCGUACCCACAGCGAUGAGACGUUAUUCCCCAACGACGGCAACUGCCGUCGCCUGGCCACGCUCUCCCGCGCCUUUGCCCAGCGCACCGCCGACCGCUGGAACAUGUCCGAGGACAUGGAGUAUCUCAACCGCGUUUACGCCAAGUGGAUGCCCGAGGACAGCCCCCGCGUCGCCGUCGAUUCGCGGCCCCGCCUGUCGGGCAUCAUGGACACGGUCAACUCGACGCUCGCUCACGGCCCGGAUACAAGGCUGCCCCGCGAGUUUUACGACCAGAAGGCCCGCGACAUUAUGGAGCGCAUCGGCGUUGAGGAGUGGUUCAGCGGAUAUAAGGAGUCCCGCGAGUACCGCGCUCUGGGCGUCGGCAGCCUGAUGGGUGACAUUGUCGGCCGCAUGGUCGGCAGCGCCGAGGGCACCCCGAACAUCACCGCCCACCCGAUAUCUCCGCCCGCCAAGUUCGGCCUGAGCGGCUGCCACGACACCACCCUGGCUGGUGCCCUCGCGAGUCUGGGCGCCUACGAAACGGACAAGUGGCCUCCCUUCACGAGCCACGUCGCGUUUGAGCUGUUCCGUGCUGCGGACCGCGCGCCCCCUCCGUCACCCGACCUCUCGACCCAGUCCAGGUGGUGGAGUUCGCUAUGGAGCAACGGCUCGCCCAUGUCGGCCGGCAUUAGGCGCAAGCCGAUCGACGAGCUUUCCCAAUCUGACAAGGAGAAGCUGCGAGGAUAUUACGUCCGGGUGCGCUAUAAUGACAGACCUGUCACCGUGCCCGGGUGUCACGCGGUGGGUAAACACCUUGAGGGAGACGAAAGCUUUUGUACCUUGGAAGCAUUCAAGACCAUCGUGGACAAGUUCACGCCUCGGGAUUGGAAAGAGGAUUGCCGGAAGAGUGUCAAGUCUUCACCAUUCCCGGAAAAGCCAGAGCCGGCGGGCUACUAGAUGCCUAUCCAAGCUGCAUUGUCACUGUUUUCGUAAUCUGACCGAUGAUGCCAACAAGCGCUACUCGACGACAUGUCUCCAGCUGCCAAUCAGACUUCAAUCAACAGUCAUAGCGAGCCGCCUCUUUUUGGAAAUGGCACUACUUUGGGUCAAAUUCCCCUAAUAAUGAACUUCCGAGUUUAAUUGGUAAUGUGUUGGGCGUGUACACUGUUGGAUCUGGAUCUAAAGAGGCCAAAAGGAGUUGUCUUGUGCUGUCAAAUAUCACAUAUAAUAGAUCGAAGAUUGGUCAUGGAGUAGACCAGACUCUGCGACACUAAUCACACCAAGCCUGCAGAGAGCGUUGCGGCCUGAACUGGCAUGGCUUGUUAUCCGUCUUCUCCGGCUAUGCA